AUGUCUUGGAGUACUUUGGGCAAUUUGUCUCUUAGUGCUGCUUCCAUUAGAUCUGAUUCUUCCUUUGUUAUUUUAGUUGGAGUUUUUGGAAUAACAGUUAUAUUGAUGCAUUGUUAUAAUUAA